UGGUACUGCAGAAAGUCUGGUAAAAAGUCAGCAGCCUCAUGAGCAAUGGAGGAAACGUAUGCCAAUAUUGACUAUGGCCAACCUGUCUGCUCAAUUCCCACAACCCAUCCCAAAUACUCAAGCAAUGCUAAGAAGAAGAGGUUUUAUCUAGCUGUUAUCUUCUGCCUGGGGCUCCUGAGUGUUUGCCUGCUGGCUGGACUCAUCGUCCUUGGUGUCCACUAUCAUAUCUCGGGUGAGAUGGCUGCAAAUCUCUCCGCCAUCCAAGACCAACUGAAUGAGCGUCUUCAGGCCAGUAAGGACAAUCUGUCCUCACUGACAGAAGAGAGAAACCAGCUAAAAGCCAACCUCAAUGAACUAACUGAAGGACUGAACAAACAUUUGUCCACACAAAGUGUGUCCUUUCAUGUUGCUGAGAAAUGGAAACGAGCCCCGUGUAUGGAAAAGAAAACAUGUCCUGCAGGAUGGAGGAUGUUCAUCUGUUCUUGUUACCUCCUUUCUACAACAUCUGGUUCCUGGGAUCAAGGCAGAGAAGACUGCAGAGGCAGAGGAGCAGAUCUGGUGGUGAUAGACAGCGAUGAAGAACAGAAAUUUAUCUCUGAAUUCACCAAAGGAAAAUCCUGGAUUGGUUUAAGUGACAAAGAAAGAGAAGGGAUCUGGAAAUGGGUGGAUGGAACUAACCUGACUCUAACGAACUGGAAUACACAUCAGCCUGAUAAUGGUGGUGGAAACCCUGAGUGGGGUGAGGAGGACUGUGUGCAACUUAUAGAUUAUAACAGGAACGCUUGGAAUGAUGUUAAAUGUACAGCUUCUAUCUGGUGGAUCUGUGAAAAAAGACCAACAUAAUCUGCUUAAAGGGAAUAUUUGUAAAUCUUUACAGCUAUAGCUAUAGUUUGUUUUGUUUCUACGGAAACUGUUACCAAAAAGAUGCAACUUUAAAACACAUUUAUAAACAUUUAGUAAGUGUUGCUUCAGAGCACGAAAUAUUCCUUCUUGUUUUCAAACAGAAUAUUUGUUUUUAGCAGCACAAUGAAUUCCUGCUUUAUUGUUGUUGUUUUUCAUGCUAUAUAAUAUCUUAUGCAUUUGAAUAGAAAGAUCUGAUGGCAUAAAUUAACUUACAUAUAUAAAAACUCACCACAUCAAGGUUUUAAAUUAUAUUUAAUUAUCAUAAACAAACCAGCUCUUCAACUU